CUCUAUAGCGUUUGUAUGCGGUAGAAGCGGGACUGGCCAUCUUUGCGAGGAAAAAGAAAAGUAGAGAUCGACAAAAAUGUUCCGUAACCAGUAUGACAAUGAUGUCACCGUGUGGAGCCCUCAGGGCCGUCUGCACCAGGUGGAGUACGCCAUGGAGGCAGUGAAGCAGGGAUCGGCCACGGUCGGGCUGAAGUCGAAAACUCACGCUGUCCUGGUCGCACUCAAGAGAGCACCAUCAGAGCUGUCUGACCACCAGCGUAAAGUCAUCCCCAUCGACGACCACAUCGGAGUGUCCAUUGCUGGGCUCACUGCUGACGCCAGACUCCUCAGCAAGUUCAUGCGUACAGAGUGCCUGAACAGCCGGUACGCGUACGAGAGCCCGCUGCCCGUAUCCAGGCUGGUCUCCACCCUCGGCAACAAGAUGCAGAUCUGCACACAGCGAUACGGCAGGAGACCGUACGGAGUGGGGCUGCUCGUGGCUGGAUAUGAUGAGAUGGGACCCCACAUCUACCAGACCUGCCCCUCCUCUAACUACUUCGACUGUAAGUGCAUGGCCAUCGGCGCCCGCUCACAGUCAGCACGCACCUAUCUGGAGAGGCAUAUCAACGAGUUCUUAGACUGUGCUGUGGAUGACCUGGUACGCCACGGUCUCCGCGCACUGAGAGAAACGCUGCCCAACGAACAGGAGCUCAACACCAAGAACGUGUCUGUCGCUAUUGUUGGAAAGGACACAGACUUCACCCUGUAUGAUGAUGAUGACGUCCAACGAUUUCUAGCAGGCAUUGAGCAUGAGAAGAGAGAAAGAGGAGCGCCUGCUGCUGCCAUGGAUGUAGCAGAGGGUCAGGAGGGCCCGGCCGCGGACGCACCACAGGACCCGCAACCCGGGGGACCGGACGCCAUGGAGCACUAGAGCUGUAGAAACUAGGAUGUGCUGUGUAGAGUGCACAACUUCCUCUAGCUAUGGACAUCUUUCGCAUGGCAGUCGUCCCGCAGUAAGACAUGGGGAGCCGCAUACUUCCUGUUAAAAAAAGCAUAGUUCCCAUUUUAAACAUAUAUUGAGGCUGUCACCACAGUCUGGUUUUGUUGUGUACAACAACUUCAGUGGCAAGAGGCUUAUUGACACAAGUACAUGAAGUGUGCACUCAUACCUUUCAGUGCAUAACUUGAUAUCAUAUGAGGGAUGACUGCGGUGUGAAAGAUGUCAGUAGCUUAAGGAAUGAUUCCACUGUACUUUACACUUUAUAAACUAGGAUGGUUGUAAUAUGAAUAGGAACAUCACAAUUCAUGUUCUUUUCACCAACAAUUCUACAAAAUCAAGUUUGUCCCCAAAAUGACUUUCACUGAAGAAACGUUUUUUCACAUGGAUUUACAACAAUUUAAGAAGUUAAAAACUUCUGGGCAUGUACUUUCCUAUCUUGAGCUGUAAAAGGACUUUUGCAGAUGUCGGCAUAUAAAUGUUCAUGUAUGUGUAUAAGAAGUGAAUAGGUCCGUUAAAUACCCAAUGCCAAUUCCCCAUUUUUUCCAAUUACAUGAUAUAUUAUAGUCUGUCCGUCUAAAAAACUUUCUAAGAUGACAGUGUAAGUCACAUAUUACCAUGGAGAAAAUAGAUCUAAUUACCCAAUACGAGCCAAUAGGAGCCUGCCAUUUUCUCCAGUCAGGCAAUGAUGUGUGUACCCCUCUGUACCCCUGCGCCGCUAGAAACCGAACAUAAACACAUCUGGUUGUACUGGAUAGACAGGUGUCCCAAAGCUGUGGACAGGUUCAAAAGGUGGUGUCAGGUUUGUGCAGGACUGCUUCAAGUUGUUCCGUUCUGUUCUGGAACAGAUAGAAUAUAACAAACAGCCUGCUACAUGUAGGUCAUAUGAAUAAAGAAGACAGAGGCUAACUCUAACUGUA